GUUUUCUUGUCCGGGGCAAGUCAUCUCUACAACUCUUGUACUUUAGUUGUAGUGCAGUGUAGUCUUCGGCUGUUUUGUCGUCUUUGUCUUUUACCCGAGUGCAUGUAGAUUAGUUUGAGGAAUCCAUUCGUGCAUCUACUACGAUUAAUAGCAAAAUUAGCAGUGAGGAAGUUAGUUAUUUUGUCAUCUCUGCACCAGAGUGGCAGAGAACGUACUUAGAGAAUAGGUUGAUACUGUCAACAACAACCAUGGCGAAGGUGACGACGUGCAUGACAAACAUUCGCGUAUUGUUGAAUAAUAUGCGAAUGUCAACGUCUGUUCCGGCCACGUUCGCUGCCCUGGAAGGUGCCACCAAUUUCUUCAUCGUAGAUUCACGUCAUGUUGAGGAGCUGUCCAGCCCUGAGCCACGCGUGGAUCGGUUUGCUGCAGUUGACACACAGUCAGUCGGCGCUGCCGUCAAGAAGAGCUACGCGUUCCCCAUGCCGGGCCUUGUCGGACCCAACAUGUCCAGUGACAGGUCGUCAGUAGAGUUUUUGCGUGCUACCGGCGGGGCAAGUGAUGCACAGCCUGUAGAGGACGACAUGAGCAUGGAGGAGUUCCAGAAAGCACUGUCCAACAUCACUGAGGACAUGACAGUCCAACCGAUGGGAAAGCCUUCUCCAUUUGGUCAGGACUUGCUGGAGUGUGAAUGCAGCGUGCAGACAGUUAAUCGGCGUGUGCAGCGCAGCAUGAUGGAGAUGUUCCCCGAGGCGCCAGCCCUGCCACGCGACGGGCUCACCAUCAUGACGGUCAGCCAGCAUACGCAUGCAAACAUGUCAAACUGGUCCGAUUCGGUUGCCGAGGAGCGCGAUGAUGCUCUUGCCAGGUUCCUGGUGAUAGCGAAGUCGGCAUGUGGGAAAUUGAUGGCAGCAGGGUACUGGGCUGAUUUUGUCGAUCCUCACUCGGGCCGAGCGUUCUAUGCUUCCCACACAAAUAAUACACUAACGGAGACGGACGAGCGCAUGAGGCACCUUGGCUACACUGUUGAAGACCUGGGCUGCUGCAAGUGCCUGAGCCAUCCCAAGUGGGGAACGCAUGUAUUCGGUGGCGUUCUGGUCACCAAUGCACCUGUUGACAGUCCAGCGCUGGCAUCUAUUAUUGGCAACAGGUCUUAGCUCCCCACGUUGGCUUUCUUUUCUGAUAAUGUCUAGUCACAGUAGUAGUAGUAGUGGCACGCGUUCUCUUUUGAUGUAUGUGCUUGUGUGUGUGUGUGCGUGUGGGCUUCCUUUGCGGCCAGUGUGGCUGUGAGUGUGUCUGGGUUGUUCUCCUCUCCUUGAAGACUAUUUAAAUUGUUCUAACAAAAUCCAGUUGGCUAUGCAAGUGUAGAUGGCACAUAGCACCAUGCCACUGCACUCAGUGGCUAGUUUUGUCAUAUUUGGGUUCAUUUUUGUUUCACCCACCCGUUCCUUUAUCACUGCUACAGUACAUAAGUCGAUACAUGUAGUACUAUCACUGCUACAGUACAUAAGUCGAUACAUGUAGUACUACAUUGUAACUCCGUUUCACAUCAUGUACACAGCUGGCACUCACAGCAUCAGUUCUCUAGUGACUCCACAUUCUGUCCGUGCAGCAUUAUCACACUACUAUUAUCUUACGCCUUCAGUAGAUGCACUGCCAUUGCUGUUUUCGCCCGUGUGUGUGAGCGACUUCCUGUCAUUUUAUCAUUAUGAAUUUUUUAUGGCUCACCGCUUAUGUUCAUAGUCAUUUCUAUUUCAAGUUCAGAAUCCGAAAAUAAUUAGGAGAUUGUCGUACCAGACAGUGCACUUGUGAGCAAGCUCCAGACCAA